GCCCUCGCGAACGUUUUCGUGAUGACGUAGAACCAGGAAGUAAAAAGUCGGAACGAGCUCCGCCUUCAUGCCACAACAUGUCGGUUUCCAACCCGAGACAAACGUUUUCUAUCCCGGCGAUUCCUUUCGCUGGGACCAUCCUGGGCGGGCUGCUGCCGGGCGAGAUGGUUCUCGUUCAGGGCUCCGUGCCGCCUGGGGCCCACAGGUUCCAGGUGGACUUCCUGUGCGGCAGCAGCGUGAAGCCGAGGGCCGACGUGGCUUUUCACUUCAACCCGAGGUUCAAGAGGUCUCCGAGCGUCGUCUGCAACUCUCUGCAGAAGGAGCGCUGGGGUCCGGAGGAGGUCCUCCACACGGGGGCCCUCAGGCCCGGGGAGACCUUCGAGCUCGUCGUCCUCGUCCUCAAGGAUGCCUUCAAGGUCAGA